AUGAAGAUAAUCUCUCUCACGUUGGGCCUGGCUGGACUCCAUCUGGCAGCGGCCGCUUGCUGCCGCAGCAAUCAGUGUCUCAGAGCGAUUCUGAAUGCCGCUAACGGAAUCAAGGAAUGCUCCUCACUUCUCACCGUCACAGUGACACCGGAUACUGUAACCUUCACUAAGACGGGUGACGUCCCGACGGCAUACGAGACACUUGUGGACACGCAUGCGGUCACUGUGACCGAGACGACGACGGCAUCGAUCGAAACCGUUGUGGUCGUCGUCAGCUCGGAUGUAACGGCCUCUACUGAGACGCAACUGCAGCUUGUCACCCAGACCGUUGUGACCACCCAGACACACACCCAGACGGUGCAGGUUACGGGAGCAACGAUCAUCCCCUGGCGCCGACAGGCAGCGAGCGCCGAGUUGUCACCCGCGGUCCCCACCACUCUUCCUCAAUGUCCGUCUUGGGACAAGUACGUCUCGGCAUGCAAGUGCGCUGGCGUGGUGCCGACCACCGUCACUGCCGAUGCACCGUCCAUGACCGUGACUGUCGAUGCCGCUACCUACACCGCCUCAGUCCUAUCCACCGUCACCACCACCGAGACCGUGUUCGAUACCGUCACGGCCACUCUUUCAACCACCGAAAUGGAUAUCCAGUCCAUCACCGCCACAGCGCUCACAACCUCGACAGUCGUCGUGGACGAGACGGUAACCAUUUCGGUCACCCAGACACAGACGACCACGGCGCAGGCCGGCCUAAUCACGCAGAAUGUCGCCGCCUUCCGCGCCGUCGCCACCGACUACAACGCGUAUCCGCUGUACAUCUACGCGAACCAACUCAAUGGCCUGACGGGCGGCAUCUCAUGGAACGCCUUGUCCACCAACACACAAUCGUCCACUCAGAACAAAUACAUCUUCACCAUCGACGGCGGCGGGCGCCUCCUGUUGGCCUAUAACAUCCCGCCCUUCACUUACACCUACGCGGUGUACGUUAACACGGCCACGACGGGCAGCCAGUGGCCUCAGUUCGGCGUGUUGAGCAACCUCCAGACGCAGAAAGCCAACGGAGCGCCAAUCGACUGGGUGUAUGGCGCCGUCGACCCGCUGACAAACCGGCUGUAUCUCAAGGCCGCUGGCCGGAAAAACAUUCUGUGGUGCGGAGUCCAGUUGUGGAUGUCUACCGGCGCGGGGGAGGACAUCAACCGUGGCGGAUGCACCGUCAUGCAUCCUACCAUCGCUCCGGUUGUCGUUUGA